AUGGUGAAACAGCAUCUAUUUCAAAAUCAUCUCUCUUUCAUUGCUCUUUUGGAAACUAAAUUGAAGGACACUAAAAUCCCUAGUGUGACUAAAAGAAUUGCUGUAGACUGGAAAUGGCAUUCUAAUGUGACAAACUCAGAGAAAGCCAGAAUUAUGAUUUUAUGGAACUCUGAUAUUCUGGAUGUUCAAAUCACUCAUGUUUCUUCACAACAGAUAACAUGUCGAGUGAAAUCAGUGGAUGGCAGAACAGAUUGUAUAGUGUCAGCUAUCUAUGGUUCUAAUCAUCAGGUAAUUAGAAAAGAGUUAUGGGCUGAACUCUGUCAAAUAUUUCAAACAACUGAAAAUUUACCAUGGCUAUUGUGUGGGGAUUUCAACACAAUGAUUAGUAAUGAAGAAAAGUUGGGAGGUUCUGUGCUCACUGAUUCAGAUACAAAUGAUUUUACCUCUUUCAUAGAAAACUGUAAUCUUUCUCAUCUGAAAGCUUUGGGUAGCUUCUUCACCUGGAAUAAUAAACAGGAUCAUGCUACAAGGGUUUGGUGCAGGUUAGACAGAGCUCUAGUUAAUGAUUCAUGGAUCCAAAUUCACAACUCAAGUCAUGUGGAGUUCUUGCUACCAAAUUUUUCUGAUCAUUCCCCUGCAGUGGUCUCAAUCUAUGAAGAUGAUCUUCAAAGGAAAAAGCCUUUUAAGUUCUUCAAAAUGUGGACAAAUCAUAUCAAUUUCUUACCCACAGUUUCUGCUACAUGGAAUAAAAAAAUUGAAGGAUAUAGUAUGUUUUCUGUUGUCACCAAACUCAAGCUUUUGAGGGAUGACCUGAAAGAUUUAAACAGAAAACACUUUGGAAACAUAAGUGAACAAGUCCUUAGAGCUAAAAUUGCUUUGGAGGAUAUUCAGGGGAAGCUUCAGGAAGACCCCCUCAACCCUGUGUUGAUUAGUCAGGAAAAAGAAAGCCUUUCAAAAUACAAUAAUCUUCUAAACUGUGAAUUAUCUUUCCUCCAACUGAAAGCUAGAACUCAAUGGAGCAUUAAAGGAGAUAGAUGCACAAACUAUUUUCACUCUAUUCUCAAAGCCAAAAGACAUCAGAAUAGGAUUUUGGUCCUAUACAACAGCUCAGGUAUCAGACUCACAGAGGGAGAUGACAUUAUUAAUGAGCUAAUCUCUUUUGGUCCUAUACAACAGCUCAGGUAUCAGACUCACAGAGGGAGAUGA